AGCUCUAUUGUUAAAGGGACAGCUCAUUCGUUAAUUGGCUGACUCGGUGGGGCGUGCGCAUUGUGACAUCCUCACGGUAGCACUUCGGUAUAAACACUUGUUCAUUUCACAUUCGCAGUUGAUCUGUUCUCGCGUGCUACUGGCUACACUUAGUGCUUAGCAUACGUACUACCGACACCUUGUUGAUUUUCGUUUUUGUGUACGCUGUAUUAGCAUUGCUAGUAUGGCGCUAACGGGAGAAGUCCGAGAAGUGGAAAGAUUUCCCGUUUGUUUUUCACCUAUUCAAAGAAAGUCCAACGGGAGUUUAAAUGGAGAUUCUGACAUGGAAUCCUCAGAAUCCGGCAGUGAUAGUGAAACAUCAAACCUCAAAAUGAAUGGUCUGGACCCUGAGAAGCUUGAUCCCACUCACAGAGAAAUUCUUCAAAAGUUGAAGCGUCAGGAACAGGAGGAGAAAGAGGAAAUAGAAAGAGAACUGAAAGCACACAAAGAUGCCUUAGCAAGGCACGAGGAAUUGUUGGUACGAGAGCGACAGUUCAGGCAAAUGCAGGACAAUGAACAUGCACAAGAUUUACGCACACACUCACACUCACAGUCAGAUGACCUGAGGCACAAAAGGCCAGAAGCGUACACUCAUGUUUUAUCAGAUCGCAGCAGUGUUGAAGGACUCAGUAGAUCCCCCUUCCCUUAUGCCAGAUCCCCUUCUAGAAGUGAACAUUUGUCUCCUAAUGGUGAGAGCCCUGCACAUCACUGGACAUUUGAGGAACAGUUUAAGCAGUUGUAUGAGCUGUCAGAUGACUCCAAGAGAAAAGAAUUUCUGGAUGAAUUGUUUGACUACAUGCAGAAGAGAGGCACACCUGUCAACAGAAUCCCAAUCAUGGCAAAGCAGACACUGGAUUUAUAUGAAUUGUUUAGAUUGGUUGUCUCCAAAGGAGGAUUGGUGGAAGUGAUCAACAAGAAACUUUGGCGUGAGAUUACCAAAGGACUCAACUUACCAUCCUCUAUCACAAGUGCUGCAUUUACAUUAAGGACACAAUACAUGAAAUACCUCUACCCAUUUGAAUGUGAGAAAUUAAAACUAAGCACUCCAUCAGAGUUGCAAGCAGCCAUUGAUGGCAAUCGGCGAGAAGGACGCAGGCCUAGUUACGGCUACGACUUCGCGUCUCCUGGUGCUCCAACACUGGUGCCACCACAAACACAUCACCUCAAUGGUGGACUACUAAACGGGUUCCACUUUGGACUGAAUGGUUCCCUUGGUGCUCAUGGUCUGAAUGGGAGCCUUGGCUCUGCACUCAGCAAUGGACUGAAUGGUGGCUUAAAUGGAAUGGGCAGUGGGAAAACCAGUAGCUGUGGAUCUUCUGGUGAAGAAGAGACCUCACCCACAACCCCUCUUGCCAAACACCCUCGCCUCUCCUCCUCAAACCUUUCAGAGCGAGAUGCUCUAGCAAUGGAGGCUGCAUCAAGGGCGAUGGAAGAGGCCACACGUAAGAUGGAGGCCCUGACAAAGUCUGCCAUCGAAAAAGAAAAGGAAAAAGAGAGGGAAAGAGAGAGGGUACACAAGGAAAGAGAACGAGAGCGUGAGCGGGAAAGAGACUUAGAAAGAGGCAGGGAUACCGAUAGUGAUGCGCCAAUGAAGCGUCUUCAUGUUCCCAUGACUGAAGAGCAAAGACUUUUAGCACAUGCAGGGAUGCCUAGCGCACAUUUGAAAGUAACAAGCAGAAGUGAUGGCCGGGCUGAUUUUGACAAUUCCCUAGUUGUUAGCAUGGAAAUAAAUGGAAUCAUGUACCAAGGGGUGUUAUUCGCACAAGGACCGAGAAGAAUGUGAAUUGUCAAUAGAUGUCUGAUUUGAUGCUGUAGUUCCCAAAUUUUGGAUGCUACGUCGACUUACAUGGACCUUUCUCUAUUUUCUGACUGAGCAGAGACCAUUAUAUUCCUUCUACAGUCUUAUGUUGUGACAUCCUGACAAAGAAAGUUCAGGCACACAAAUACACUGACUGAUAUAAAACUUAUUUGAUGUACUACAAAUAUGUAUAUAUGCUUUAUGUGAAAUACAAAGAGGUUCUCCUCAUUUACUUACUAGUACAGUACUGAAUUCUGUCUCAUUUGUACUGGAUAUUAUGUUUUAGUUCAGUAUACUAGGGGGCAGCCAUUUAGCAUUUCAAAUAUUUUAUUUUGCCUAAUUUUAUUGCUGACUUGAACUGUUAGAAAGUGUUCAUCAGGCCUGCUUUUACUUCGUUAUGGGAGCAUUAUAUAUUUAGAUAUAACAUGUGAUAUUAAAAGACCCUGAAGCAAAAACAGAACGAUGGGAAGAGGGGGGGGGGGAUAAUAGAUGUAUACUAGAUUUAAAAUUAAUGUUAUUCCUAGAAAAUGAAAUUAGAAAUAUUUGUAUGUUUCACUCAGUAUGGAUUCUUUAGAUAAUGAGUUUUAAAAAAACAACUGUAGGGGGUUUUUUUGCCAGAUAAUCAAAUUGAAAUUGAUUUAUAGAGUAAUGUAUGUAAGUAUUGUGACUUUUUACUUUUGUUAUUUGUUAUAUUCAUUUUAUUUACAAAUAAUCAAAUAUGGAAGAGGGGUCAUUUCCCAGUCUUACAAAGACAAUCUUUUAAGAAAAUUACUUAUUGAAUUUCUUAACUCGAGGAAAUUUUCCUUACUUCAAGUGCGUACACCUAGUAGAGCUAAAUAUUGCAAAUAAUACCUGUUAGCAUCUUAACAUUCAAGAUUCUUGGUAUUGUGUGCGUGUCUCCAUUCUUCUUUGAGUUUUCAAAGUAGGCUUCAUAUCUCCUUGUUCUAGUUUUACAUACUGGAUAAAAAAUUUUACAUUGCUUCCACUUUUCUGCUAUGGUUGUACAUGUUUAAGAGGCAUGCAGGCACUGAAUUGAAUCGCCUUAGACAGAAUUACUAUAAUAACAAAAGGGUGGAAUAUCCCUCGAGAAAUAUUUUUCUUAUAUUAAUAUAUAGAGAACCCAGGCAUUUGGUGAACUUACAACUUUCAUAAAUGUCUUUUGUAUGGAUCUUGUUUCUGAUGAGACCUGUGAGUAAAAUGAUGUUGAAGUAUGCUAUCACAUAUUUUGUCUUUAGGUAUGGUAUUGAAACUGUUAACUUCCCACUGACUGGUGCAUCGAUGCUUUAACUUAAUAUAUUUUAAGGCUACCAUUGACAGCAAUGCGAUAGGAUGGUCACCUUGAUCUUCCAAUCUAAGUCCUAUAUGUUCUCAGAGCAGCCUUAACUUAGUGAUUGGGUGGUACCCAUCCAACAUAAUAUUUUCAUUUAUAGAAUAUGAAUAUGGUUACAUUUUAGAAAUAGACUUUUUAAACACUAAUAGGCAUUCAUGCAGUGUGGAGGUUACAUUCAAUGGCAUGAUGAACCAUGUAAGUAUAUUUGUAUAACAUGCAUGUUACGUGUUCUGUACAGUUGUGUAAUAUACAAGAUUUUUUUUUCUCCUGAUGUAACUUACAGUAAGUGCUGCCAGAUAGCCUUUCUUACGUGGUGCUUUAGAUUUAUGAAUGUCUCAUGUUGCCCACACAUUGGAAUACGAGAUAUUGGGAGGAAGGAGGGACAAGUGCUCUUUUAUCCUCCCUCGUGUCUCCUCUGUCUUCGUGGAGGAACGAUUACCAGAACUUCCAAAACUUACUACCGUAGACUAGCAUACAUUUAAGUGAAGUAUUUGAGGUCUUGGUGUAUAAAGUGCAUUUAUUUAAUUACCCCGCAUAAUUGCUUGUCAAGAGAAGGAACAAAUUCACUGUCAGCACCAAGUUUACACUUGUGUAUGUCAAUUGAUUUGAGGUUUUAUCAAAUAUUGUUAUACAUUGUAAGAUAUAUUAUAUGCAUAAUACGUGUUAUGAAUUUGUUCUUAUUAUACCAUAUUAUACGACGGAAAGGGGAAAGAGCAAAGGAAAAGAUAUUGUAAUUGGUCCAGGACAUGCCCAAUCGUUAAAAAAAUAACAGCUACGAUAAUUAACACUCGUGAGGACCUUAAUCAAUUCUUGCUUUAUCUAAAAAGAGUAUCAGCUCGACCAAUUUCAAACGCGGUUUUCUCAGACACCUCAGGGAUUACACAUGAUGUUUACAAUAAGUUUCCAAUUAUCAUUUUACCAAGAACUUUUUUCUUGGCUAAUAGUGGCAAUUGUUUGCCUGACGUCUGAAAGGCUAGUUAGCAAUUGGAAUUAUGGACGUCCCAAGGAAUUUCAGCAUGUUCAGCUUUGAAACAUUCGGUGUCGAUUAUUUAGCGUAUCAGAUCACGGACCUCUUACUGUAAAUCAAUUUCUAUUUGGCAUCCUAUUUAUUUUGCAAUUGACAAAUCGUAAAAAGGUUUGCACCCAGAGAAUUUUGCUGAGGUUUUCUGCAUUAGUUUUGUAAAGAAAACUUAAUAAAAAAUGGACACAUAAAUAAAUUUUGACAAAGAAUUUGGCAUUGUUAGAGCAAAAUUAUAUAAUUCAAGUUUCAUUUUCAUAUUUGUUUAAUAUGCAACACGGUCGUGUUAAUUUGUUAGUAUCCCAUUAUUAGUGCAUAAUUCAUUAACAUUAAAUUCUCCUGAUUGGUUACAAUGCAGGAAGCUUAUAUAUAAAUAGUCAAACGUAAGUGGGUACAUCGUUGGUCAAUAUGCACACUGUCAUUCAUUACUUUGCUCUUUUGUCUUUUGGUCAAUAACUCCUAAGGAGAUGUUGCAUACAGGAAUGACGAGCUGGCUUUAUAUCGUAAGAUACUAUAUACGUGUAUAUAAUGGGUUGGCACAUAGAGCUACCGUACUACCGAGCAAUUUCUGAUUUAUUUACUACUGGAAUAAAAUCGAACGCCCUUUUUUUAUCUAGUCACUUUUCAAUACCUUCCCUGUGCGUAAAUUUCUCUGUUUCUAAUGUAAUUCCUGAAAGAUACGGGAUGUAGCCAAACGGCGCUGAGAAAUCGCGGGAAUAUCUCCGUGGUACGGUAGCCUUAGUCGCCUAAACCUCUUAGAAGUCUAUUAGCACAUUAUUUUUUGAAGGUCAAACAUUUUGUAUGAAAUCUAAUGGAUGGACAUACGCCUUUUGAAACUGGGUAGGUAGUAAAAUCGUUUACCUCAAAACUUUUAUGAAAAGAAACGGGAAACUUUUUAACGCAGUUAGGAGUUCUUACUUCUCAGGGUUAUUCAGAGGAGCUUGGAAGGUUUCCAAAGUAUGUUAAACACAGAAUCAAAGCUCCAACGCAUACUGAUGUACUUUAUCAUUUUUUGCAUUAAAUAGAAUAAUUGUUCUCUUAA